CAUGCCACUCUCAACAGACUCCAUAAAAUAUUAUUCUAGAAGAAACAGAAGUCUGAGAGCUUGAAGCUUAUGUAAAUGCAUAGAAGAUGGGCAACACAAUCAGAGGAAUCAUUGCUUUCAUCCCUUCUAACACCUGCCAAAAAUACCUUUUUGGAGACUUGGAAGAAAUGCCUAUUGAUAAGAUGGUUGAUUUGAGCAGUAUGCAGCUGAGGAGGUUUCCGCUAAAGGUAUGUGCAUUUACAGAACUUAUCAAGUUAUACUUGAGUGACAACAAUUUAAACAACCUUCCUCCAGAACUUGAACUCCUGCAGAACCUUCAGAUCCUUGCCUUGGACUUUAACAAUUUUAAGGUUCUUCCACUAGUUGUAUGCAGCUUAAAGCAGCUAUCGAUAUUAUACCUUGGAAAUAAUAGAAUUAAAGAUCUUCCACAGGAGCUCUGUUACCUCAAGAACCUACACACUCUUUGGAUUGAAUCAAAUUAUUUAACAAAUUUGCCGGUUGUCAUUUGUGAACUGACUCUCCUAAAGGUACUUCAUGUUGGCUGCAAUCCAAUUCAUAAUAUGCCCAAGGAGCUGAAAAAUCUUACAGAAUUGCGCAGCAUUUGGAUGUCAGGGAGUCUCCUCACAGAAUUCCCAUCUGUUUUACUAGAAAUGCCUUUCCUGGAAGUUAUUGAUGUUGACCGAAAUGGUAUAAGAUUUUUCCCAAGUCUGGUGCACCUGACAGGAUUGAAACUUGUUAUCUACGACCAUAAUCCAUGUAGAAAUGCUCCUAAAGUUGCAAAAGGGGUUCGAAGAGUGGGCAGAUGGUCUGAAGAGAGCCCAGAACCCAAGAAAAAGUUUGAAGUGGAAGCAGAGCUUGAAAAGGCUUCAGAGAGUCAAGAGACACAACCUGCAGCACCUAAGGAGCUUCCAGCUCAGAACAGUGAUAAUCCACAAGAGGCCACGUCUAAAUUAAUCUGAUUGUAUAUUAAAUCCAAAUAAAUAACAGUAUGGACU